AUGAUUGAAGAUGCACUAUUUUCACAACUAGAGACGAGAGUUAGAAAACUGAUUAAAGAGCUCAUAGAACCUAUAAACAAUAGAGUAGCAAACCAUAAAGAUUAUUUAAAAGAGAUACAAAAGCAUAAUGAAUUUACAAAAACUUAUAUAGAAGGACUGGAGAGCUCUAUAAAUAGUUUAAACCACAAAGUAGCAUUAGUUGAUGAUUAUUCAAAAAAGUUUAUGGAGUUUGAAGCACAGCAGAAGCUGCUGGAAACUAAAUUUAUCAAAGAAAACGAAAAUGUCUUAAAUCACAUUGAUUUAAAUUCAAAAAGACUAAGCCAUGUAGAAGAAAAGUCAAACGUAAAUUGCAGCCAAAUUGAAUUAUUAAGAAUUGACAUAACUAAGUUUGCAUCAGAUUUAAAAUCAGUCAGGCUUAGUGUCGAUGAAAAGAUGUUCGAAUACAAAGAAAUCAAUAAAAAAGCGCAAAAUGAAUUCUACGAAAAACUUGUCGAGCUCCAAAACAGAAUCAUUGGGGUAGAAAUAAAUUAUAACCAACUAAGUAGAGAUUUAUGUGAGGUGGAUGUCACUGCAAGAAAAGCUGAAAGAAUCGCGGAACAAAUAAAAGAAGGACACAAAACAAUAGGAAGCUCAAUAAAUAAGAUGAAAUUGAGAAACAAAGAAAACAUAAUGAAAGUUCAAGAAAAUCUAUCAAUGAAAUCACAAGAAUUAGAAGUCAAAAUCAAUGAAAUGAAAAAUUACAUUAAGGUCGACCAUACAAUCAGCCUGAAUUUAGGGAUGAAUGAAACUCUUUUUAGCAUUAUUAUUGAUCCAAGAAUGAAGCGUAAAUUAGCUGAAUAUGAACAGUCCUUUUAUGAAAAGUGAGAAGCCUUGGGGGUUUCAGAAGAAGUUAAAGAAAAAAUAAUAAAAUCUCAGCUGAUCACUUCUCAAAUAUUAGGAACUCCAAUACCUCCAUCUAUGGAAAACAGUAAAAAGGCAAAACUAAAAGAUCAAUCAUCCGCCUCUAGCUUGGCAUCUUCUGCAGCGAAUACUCGAAAGGUACCCAGAAGAAACUAUAUAUCUAAGAGAGGCACAUUUCAAAGCAUCGCAAAAGAAGAAAAGCAGGAUAGCAAUUCGAAUAGGUCAAUGGAGUCUAGCUAUAAUGAGAAGAAAAUCGAGCAGGUGGGCCAAAGUUUAGAAGCUAAAGAAGAGAUUGGCAAAGAAAAAUACGAUAUAAUCACUAAAAUAAAUGAAGCGAAUAAUGAAAAUCAGUCAGAAAUAAAUUCCCCGGAGCCUAUUGUAAUACAGAUUCCUGAAAUUGCUGAAUUGAGUGCGAUUGAAAAGCCUAAAACGCCUGAAGAAACAUUUGGAAAAAGAGAUAAUAUUUCAGCUAUAAUACAGGAGUCAUAUACAUAAAAUGGCCGGAGAAGAGCGACCCGUCCUUCCGUGGCGGGUGUCCUUAUGUAUGCCGGACAUGGUUUUUGGAUGCGGAGUGCUACUCAAGGGGAGAGUUAGCCUCGAGGCGAGAGGCCCAGCCCAAUUUCCGCUGAUUUUGGGACUUUGACCCGGGCAGCAGUUUUUCGCAUUCUUUUUGCCAGUAGCGCCGAGGCCCAGACUCGGUGUCCGAAAGAGGCAGGGUGAGUUACCUGCCUUAGCCCCGAAUCCCGCAAGGGGUUGAGUUCUUUCUUGGAGAUGAUCCGGGAAAGAGGGGAGGCGAAGCUAGACUAGAGAACUCAAGGGCGCAAGUCUCUCCAGUUAAAAGGGUCCUCUCACGAGGGCGAUCUGGCCAACCGAGGCAAAGACUGGCGUAAUUCGGGGCGGAAGGCUGAGUUGGAAAUGGUGGUGCCCAGCGACAGUCAGCUGACGACUCAAUAGGGCAACCCACUACCGAGAAAACCAGGGGUUUCGGCCUGGGCUCAGAGAACCAGUGAUGGAAGUCCAUCCUUUUCGCUCGUGCCAGCACGGCUCCCCAAGGAGCGCGGAGGAAUGCCACGCAUGGAAGUAGGGACUAUAAAGACACAUCUUAAAUCUAAUCUAAUCUAUAAUACAGGAGUCUAAAGCCCCAUCUGUCUAUGAACCAAAAUCUCCGAUUAAUAGACCAAGAUCACCAAUUGCUCCAAAAUCUCCUGUCCAUGAAAUAAAAGCCUUUAAUGACUCAUCAGCUCUAAAACAAAGUGUCAAAUCCCGAAGCCCAAGCAGAAAAUCUUCGAAUCACGAUUUUGACUAUCCAAGCCCAGACAUAAAGCCCAAUCUAUAUUUAAGAACUUCCCAUGAUAGACUUGACAUGUCAAGAAAAACUGAUAUUUCACCAUCUAUCGACUAUAUGUCAUUUAUCCAAGAUCUUCAAUCUAAAAUAGACGAUAUCAUUGAGAACCAAGAAAUUAUGAGAUCUCAAGCAGACGAAGUUCAAGACAUUCAAGAUGAAAUCAGAGGUCAAUUAGAUGAAAUUAGAGACCAUAUCGGCGAUUUAAUUACACAAUAUGAAGAAACCAAAUAUACCAUAGAUGACGAUAAAGAAGUACAAGAAAGCAUUCUUGGGCAAAUAGAUGAAUUGAGGGAAUUCUUACUCCCACCCAUUAAUAUACAAGCUUAGAUGAGUUUUUUUUAAUUUUAUAUUAAAAUUGCUAUAAAAACAUUUUCUGGUUUUAAAAAAUCCAAAUUUGUAAAUUUUUGGAAGGGAAAAAAUAAUUAAUUUGCAUAAUUUAUCUUUUAGACUCCUAUAAUUCGACAAUUUAAUUAGAUUUCCUUGGCUAUUACAAAAAUAUUUAUAUUAAGCAAAGCUGCUCGCAACUAAUUUUCCCCCAAAAAUAGUUUGCCAUUAACCCAAUUGGGAAUUAGAAGAAAUAAAAACUCUUCAUGACCAAUUAUCUGAGUUGCAAAGUCAAAAUUUUAAAACAGUCUCAGAAAAAAUAAAAUUUUUGGAAGAAGACGAGAAAAAUCAAGUUGAAAAUAUGAAAAAAGAAUGCUAUGAAAUGACUCAAAAUGUAAGCAAUGGGUAUAAGACUGUUGAGCUUCUGGUUAUGCAAGCUUUGAACGAAUGCAAUGCUGUAAUUAAUCAAAGGAAAAGAGACCAUUCAGACACAAUUACAGAGCUUAAAAGCAUGAAGAAAACUAUAAAUGAGUCGAAAUCAGAAUUCCAAAGUUAUAUCGGCUCCAUUUUAUUUUUAAAAAAUUCAAUAGAAAGCUUAUUUGAAUAUGCAAAAAUAAAUAAUGCUUUACUCAUGCAAGACGAAACAGACAGGAAAGCAAUUUCUUUAUUAGGGAUUAAAGAAAAAACAAAAAACCUCGAUAGUAAGAUAGGAAAAGCGCCAGUUGCAAUAGAUAAGCAAUGCUUAUCAUGUGCUGGGCAAGUAGCCUCAGUUGUAAGCGCAUUCAAAAUAGCUUGUCUUAAUUACAGUUCUAAUCCAGUGACUUAUCGGAACAACUCGUUCGAGAGAAAAGAACUCAUAGAUCUGCAAUUGAGACUAAUUGAAAGCUCAUUGGAAGGAUACGAUUCAAAUAGGCAAGAUGCUAGUAUAUCAAGAUCAAUAACUCCGACUUUAAUGAUGCCAAGACAAAACUCAGCAAGCGCAGAAAGGCAGCUUUAUAGAUCGGUCUCACCGAGUCCCGAGUUUCCUCCUUUAUCGAAGAAAUCGAUUGCUUCACUAUUAUAA